AGCACACUCGCGAUCGAUACGCGUGAGUCACGUCAAAGUCGGCCGGCCGACCGAAAUUGAAUUGAACCGUCGACGCGGACGCUUCUGUGUGUUGGGACGAUUACUGGGAAAAUUGCGAGUAACAGGAGAAUGCUCCAGGAUCACGAGCUCUUCUCUCGUUUGUGUCAGAAGCACGGGAUUUCCCUGAUUCCCGAGAUCAUAGACGCGAUUAAAAUUAGCAGUAUCACCGGGGAGCUACGAUUGUCUUGCCUGUCGAUAAUGAUACCGGUCUGCAAGAUCAUAGCGCGGACAUUGGUAUCCAGUCACACGAUCAAAACUAUCGACUUGAGCGACUGCAUGUUACUGUCGAAGGGUCUCGCCAGUAUCCUCGACGCGCUUUGCGAAGGCACCACCGUGACGACUCUGCAUCUAAAGGGCAACAACGUGAACGGGCCUGCUGUGGCCCAGCUGGGCAGGGUCUUUGCGUGUAACAAUACGCUGAAACGGCUGCACAUCGAGUGGAAUAGCGUUGGCUCGGACGCAGACUCGUUUACCGCUUUCUGCAACGGCCUGGCAAAGAAUCACAAUAUCGAGCAGCUCGAUCUUAGGUACAAUCAGAUAUCGUCGCAUUGCGCCGAACACCUUUGCAAUAUAAUACGCGCGAACAAGUCCCUCAAGAGCAUCGACUUAUCUUGGAACACCUUGGGUCUGCAAGGCGGCCGGCUGCUGCUGGACGCUAUGAGCGAGAACAAGACCAUCACCGAGCUCGUGCUGCGCGGGAACUGUAUACCCGAGGACAUCGCGUUCGCGAUCGAGGAACGGCUGCGAAAGAACCGUCGAAAGAACCGUCGCGCGACGAGCGAAUUCGUUUUACCCGCCAACGUGGAGAUGAUCGUCAAGUCUCCGAGAACAACAGAGAAAGAAGAUCUCGUAGAGUCCAUAACGAGCGACGACGACGUGUUUGUCCAAGCUGCUCGUAUGCGGAAGCAAAGACUGCUGGUGCAACAGAGGGAGAAGUUUAAGACGCGAGCACAACAAGUACCUGAGGACAUAAAUUCAAAAGGCAACCCGGAAGUGGACUCGGAAAUGAACGUGGAAUUUGAGGACAAUAGCAAAAUUGACUCUGACGCGCGUGUAAAUAUCUCGUCGAAAGAUCGUCAUGACAGAGCGAAUGAGACGGACAUGAAGAUUGCCGAUCUCGGCAAGAUGCUGCAGGAACGUACCGCGGCGAUCGAUCAGCUGACCGGUGAGAUUGCGACGAAAGUCACGGAGGUGAAUGACACGCGGGCACAACUGAACGUGCUACAGACUCAGGUUAAUCAGUUGCAGGAGGAUAAGCAAAAGUUUGAUUCGGAUAAAGCGAGAGAAAUUGCGGAUUUGCGAAGAAAUUACGACCAGGCGGAAGAAAAUUGGCGGAAAAGUUACAAGGACCUGAAGAACAACUUUAACGAGUGCUCGCGAAGCAAAAAGGAUGCGGAGUCCAAAGUUCGACGAUAUGAAACGGAGAUUCACAGGGGCUCGUUGAGGAUUGAAUUGCUUAGAGAAAAGCUCAUCUCUGCUACACGGGCGUACGAUGAUUUGCUGUCGCAGACCAAAACCGAGAUGCACCGUCUGAGAAGAGAGUCGAGAGAGCGCGAUAACAAGCAUAAAAUCGAGCAGAAUGUAUUGAGAAGCACGCUCAAGGAGACUACGCAGGCUCUAGAGGAUUGUCAGACCGAGCUGCGAAGGAGCAGGAGAGAAUCACGUGAUUUGUCCAAGAGUCAGGCACUUUUAAAGAUAAAGUUGGACGACGCGGAAUGCAGAAUUCUCAGGUACGCGAAUUUGGAAGGGAAAUGCCGGAAAUUAGAAGAGGAGAAGGAUGCGUUGGAGGAGAAAUUAGCCGAAACGUGCAAAACCGCGUCCUCUUUGCAGCGUCAAGUCGCAAAACUUCAGAGCGAGCUAAUCGAGCCACAGAGACGUCAAGAUCUGCUCAAAGAGGAACUCGAGUUAGAAAGGCAAACGAAUGAGAGAUUGAGGCAAGAACUUCACGAGGAGAAUACCAAACUAACGAACCAAAAUCUCCAAAUGGAAAAGAUGAAUCAACAGAUCGCUAUAUUGAACGCGCAAUUGAACAAGAUUCAAGCCACUCACACCGAAAUAUUACACGAGAGAGAAAGGGAGAGGAAGCAAUUUCAAGAUAUUAUUUCCAGCAAAGAACGUAAUCUCUCGGAAUUACGCGCUGAAGAGGUUCAAAGGGUCAAACAACUCUAUGCGGCUUUUAACAAAUACUUGAGCUCUAUAACUCCGAAUCUCACUUUGUGAUUUUUCUCAAGAAUUGAUAAAUACUGUAUUUAAUACUGGGGAUAUAAAGGCUCAUCACGUUUGUACAUA